UAUCACAGGUUUAGAAGAAGAUCAAGAAGUAAUGACUCAAGAUGGGAGAGGGAUGAUAGAAAAGGUCGUGACAAAGACAGAUAUCGUGGUGAAGAUGAUAGGGACAGUGAUAGUGAGAGAAGUCCAAACGGUGCUGUCAUUGGGGCCAGCGGAUCUGAAAUCAUCGGAUACAAAAGCCAACCUCCUAAUAACACCAUUAUGAUUAGAGGACUUGCCCAACAUAUUACAGAAAAUGAUAUUCGCCAAGAUAUCAUACAGGGGGGUUUAAUGGCCAAGGACAUAAGAUUAAUCAGGAAAAAAGAUACAGGUGCGUCACGCGGUUUCGCCUUUGUCGAGUUUGCAACGCUCAAUGAAGCAGUUCGUUGGAUGGAGAUGAAACAGGGCAUAUUGAUGUUGCAAGAUCAUUACCGCGCUAUCAUGCAGUACAGCAUUCCCAAAGACAGUAAUCCUACAGAGAAAGCUCCCCCCCAUAAGGCAUCUGCAGACUGGUUUUGUAUUAAGUGUGGAGCUCAGAAUUUUAAAAGAAGAGACAACUGUUUCAAAUGCCACGCGUCUAGAACCGAGUCCGAAGACGGCGGCAGCGGUAGCGACGAGACUUGUAAUUACACAACUAAAACAAUUCUGCUUAGAAACUUAGACGCCUUAACUACAGAAGAUUCUGUAAUGUCUGUUUUAAACAGUGUUAUUCCAGAACUGGUAAAAUCAAUUUCUGCAGUAAGUAUUGGCAGGGAUCCUUUAACUUCUACAUCAAGAGGUAUUUGCUAUUUAGGAACCGAAAGUACCAUUGACGCUCUGGCUAUUUAUGGAGCUCUUAAUGGCCCUAAAUCUCCUCUGAUUAUCGACGGCAAAACUGUUAUUCUGUCGUAUUGUAAAUACAACAUGGGUGAUACAAGGAAAGCUUAUUCUCAAGCUGACCAUAUGGCUUUCCCGAACGCGUCCAUUCCCCAAACCUAUGAUAUGGCGGACGUGGAAAGUUUAGCGGAGUACGCUUCACGGCGUUACGCUAAAUCUCCAGAUGAAUACUUACAUUAUAUAGAAUACUAUAGGUUAUACUUUACUCAACAAAUAAGCGCGGGGAAUUCCAUCACUCUGCACAACGAGAAUCAAAUGGACGCUGCCAACGCCGCGGCUGCCGUUGCCCAAUCGGCCAUACAGCAAAUGAACGCCAGCAAAACGUACUUUGAUAACACCCAUGUGCAAAUACCAACUGGCACAGAUGGAAAAAGAUACCCGGUACCAGAUAUUUCAACUUACGUUUACGACAAAUCAACUGGGUACCAAUAUGAUCCGGCUACGGGCCUCUAUUACGACCCUAACUCAACUUAUUACUGGAAUAGCGUCAUCCAGAAAUCUCUAUUUUGGGAUCACGACAAGUUCACUUACUCUUUGGCCCCGUCUUACGACAGUGUAAAUAACUCCCCACAACCGUCUUCUAAUGCCAGCGUCAACGCAGCGCAAGACGACCAGAAGAAAAACGUCAAACCCGAGAAACAGGACAAGGUCAAGGUAGCGAAGAAAAUAGCCAAGGACAUGGAGCGGUGGGCGAAAACCCUCAAUCAGAAAAAAGACAAUUCCUCCAUGAAGAGUGCGUCUGAAAAUGCCAUGUUCCUGAGCAGCGCUAGCGCCGAUAUUGGCUUUUCAGUGCUGGAAAAGAAGUCCGCCGUUAUACCUACGAGUGCCCCCAUGUUCAAAAACGAUCCCGAAACCGUGGAUGCUCCGAAGCCCCCUUUAGUAGCGGCCUACGGAGGCGGCGAGUCUUCAGGUGAAGACGACGAAGAAUCUCUGCUGGAUUUUAACAAACUUAUCUGCAACCUAUGCAAACGGCAGUUAGGAUCGGCCGAGGCCCUAACGAAACACGCCAAAAUGUCCACUUUGCACAAGCAAAACCUCGAGGCGAGAAGGAAAAAAAAGGCAGACGCUUCUGGGAAAACUGUCUAUAGGGACAGGGCGAAGGAGAGGCGCAUGAAAUAUGGCGACCCUGACGAGCCCCAGCCCAGUAAACUGAAGGAAAAGUAUCUGAAAGCUUUAAAUACCGAAGUUCCUGCGACACCGACGUCUGUGAUGGAGCCAAUAGGCUCGGAGAAUGUAGGGAAUAGACUGUUGCAGAAAAUGGGAUGGACUGAGGGACAGGGUUUGGGAAAGUCCAACCAGAGAAGAACAACAAUCAUACAGGCUGAACAGUACGGGAGUUCGGUAGGUCUAGGUAACAAACUGGCAGGCUAUACUGCUGUGGCUGGCGAAUCCUAUAAAGACUGUGUAAAGAAAAUGAUGUACGCGAGGUAUCAAGAGUUAACCGAACGAGAGAACAACAGAUAAAUAUUUUGCCAAAAUCUUUUACUUUUGUUUUUGUCGGUCAGUGCUCUUUCAUAAUUUUGUUUAUUUUUUCUUUAUUUUAAUAUGUCCGACUAUUUUUUUUUUCUUUGAUAUUCGCCUAUUAUACAUGUAUAAACAUCAAGGAAGCUGUUUUUGAAUAUUGCCUCUUUUUUAGUGUAUAA